AUGGAGUCGGUCAGGAGAAGUCGUCAAACGAAUAUCCUCGAAAAACCACUUAGCAAAGGAAGAAACGAGGUAAUUGAUUCAAUUGAAAGUUGUUAUGGAUCUUUUUAAAUGACUUAAUGGUUCAAAUCGUGUGUCGAUGGGUUUUGUUUUAGAUCAAUGUAAGCACUUUCGGUUUGCUGUUUUCUGAGAUGAUUCAGUAUUGUCAGAACAGAGUUCACACGGUCCCAGAGCUUCAAACCAAGUGAGUUUCAGAUGUAAAAGUAGUUAUAAAAGCAUUUAUUCUCUUGAAAUUGAAAUAAGACUUAGCUGUGCCUUAUUUGGUUCUAGUCAGGGACAUGGGAGGUCAGGUGGGUGAGGGAAGAAAACGAUGGGGGGGGUGGUGGUACAACUAAGUGGUGGGGGGUCUUAUUUUGUAAUUUAUCAAAUGGGCGACUUUUAAUAAAUUUUUUUGUUUGUGUAUAAGGGAAAACUUCGAAAAACGUUAGAAAAAGUGUUGUAGGAUCCAAAUAAGGUAGUGGAUGUUUAUCCUGCAGAUAAACCAGGGCUAUUUGACUCUGCAGUGAAGGCCAGUGACCAUCCAUCUUCAAUCUAAUGCAUCAAUCAAUUCUGUGGGUUCUCAACCAUUUUUAUCAUUUGGGCAUCCAAACAUGAACCUGCGAUAAUUAUGGCCUUGGUAUUUCCAUUUGACUGUAAUCUCAAAAUGCAGGAAAUGGUAUCUUAGAGGCACAUAUCUUAAAAUUUUCCUUGGGGAGCAUGCUCCCAGACCUCCUAGAGGCUCAUACCUUCGGAAAUUGUGGGACGUCCCUUUUUUUAGUUGACAGGGUUGGAAUUUCUGUACAAGAGGCAUAAAAACCUUUUAAGAUAUAGCAGACUUGAAUGAAGAUAUGGAUCCUCAAGACCGAUUCUCCAGUCACACCAACCAAACAUGUUCAACUAGAAUAUGACAAACAGCCAUAGAAAACUAGAACACAGGCUUUUGCGUUAGAAAUAAAAGCACAGUAAGCAGGGUACAAAGAAAAUCACUUUUACUGCAAGCUGAAGCUAGCAUUUACUAGCCCAGACAUCAUUUUAACUAGCCCCAAAAACGUUUUGGCCAGCAGAAUUGAUUUCACAGUUCUUCUGCUAUUCGAAUUCCUCAAAAAACAUCACUUGCCCAUCGGGCAAGUUAAAAACAGAAUUCACAAGCCCGAUAGCAAAAUCCACUAGCCCCAGGCUAUCGGACACUACUUUCUUUGCACUCUGAGUAAGCAGCCUUUAAAAAGAAAACAAAUUUAAUCCAUGUACAAUUAAAAAUCUUCUAAACAUGUUAUCCGUAGAGGUGAAUGGGGAUCAAGUUUUGAUAAAUAGAGGUAUUUCACUGAAUAACUAGAGAAUACAUAUAGGCCUAUGUAUGUAUGUAUGUAAGACUGACUGAAAUCUUAUGUUGUUAACAGGUUAUCAGAUUUAGGCCAGCAGGUUGGUUCCAGAGUGCUUGAUGUCUUGGUGUUACGAGAAAAAGGAAUGAAGCGGGAAGUGAGAGUACUAAACAUUCUCCUCUUUAUCAAGUCAGUUUUUUGGAAGGUAAGAUUCUUUGAAAAAAUAGCGUGUUCAGUUUCCUGAAUUUUUUCUUCUACUGUAUAAUAUUGAUCUCUGUAGGGAUACAUGUAAACACUGUAACUUCAGUAUUAUAUAAUUAUAUUUACCCGAGGAUUAUAGCGAGUCUCCCAUUAAUUUACCAUAAAAUAAUAAUUAUAAUAAAUAAAUAAAUUUAUUUACUUCAAACAAUAAACUUGUAAGCAUUGCAAAGGAAUUCACUUGGAGUUAUCCUGUGGUGUGGGUGGAUGGGGAUGCAAGUGGACGGUCGGACGACGGAUGGUCAGGCACCUACCAAUAUUUCUCGGAUGGAUAGAUAUCCAAAUUGUCUUAGCUAUAGGGAUCUGCUUAUGGAGCUCCGCUAAUUUAAUGGUUGAGUCAUUCUUGCUUCAUAUCAAACAACUCAUUGUACCUCUUUGCCUUUUAAAAGUCCUGACACUUCCACCCUCAAUAUGCUAGCAUUUUUUCCAGGCUUUUCUUCUUGUUCUAUUUCUUUGUUUAUUUACUUACUAUAAAAUUGUGUUUUUCCUUGCAGUCACUGUUUGGUAAAGAGGCUGAUAAACUGGAACAAGCCAAUGAUGAUGACAAAACUUGUAUCCUAUGUUGAUUAGGAGCAUAAACCUUGUGCAGUUUGCUUUGCCAAUUUAAACCUGUUGCUGUUUUACUGUUCUUGUUGACGUCACCGUCGUCGUUGCUUAAGCUCCCUAAUGAGGAAUGAUCUAAGGAAUGGCUUUAGACUCUGUUGUCCAACUUUUAUCACCAGGUCAUGUGGAAAACAUCAGUGACUGAUAACUUUAUAUUAAUCCACAGUAUUGAUGUUUGUAGUGUUGUACAUCCCAGCAAACCCUGGCAAAGAUAACGAAAUAUUAAAAAGAGGCUACAUAGACUUCUCCUGGUUUUACAAAUCUUUUAUGGUAACUACAAAUUCAUCACAAUUUGUCUGGACUUGUAAAUUAUAAUUUUAGAACCAGUGUUAAUUAAUUUUGUUCAUGUAAUGAUUAGUGCAUGUGAUGGUUUGUUUUACCUACUGGUAUUUUAUUUUUAACCCUCGCCCGCAUCUUGAAGUUCAUGCUAACUUGAACCAAAAUCAAUUUCCCCUGGAUUUCCUUCAUACAUUUACUGUAAUUUUACCCUCAGUAACCGGAACCCUCGAUAACUCAAACCUCCUGCUAACUUGAAAUACUAUUUUUGUUUCCCUUCAGAUCCUUUUUAUACAAUAAAUUUUAUCCUCCAGCUUUAUAACUCAAACCAUGUUUUAAUUCGAAAAAACGCAGCGAACUGCAGUCUAAAACAUUGAAUUUCUCAACUACAACAGAAAUAUGAUACUUGCAUUCCUCCCCCACCCUAUUUCCUUACUUCUGGGUAUUUGCUUCGAACUCCCAAUGACUCAAACUGUUUUCAAUUUCCCUUGAAUGUUCGAGUUAUUGCGAGCCAACUGUAUAAAAAAAUUAUUAUUAGAGAUUGAAGUAGUAUUUUGUGACUUAGUCCUUGACACAUGUUGUAGAUUAUAUUAUUGAAAAAGAACCACUUGUCAACAAAUUUAUCUCAGUUCCUAAAGACAAGGGUUUGUAUACAUCAAACAAAUUAACUGCAUUCAUGGUGUUACAUAUACUGUGGCUACUUAGCCAAUAAAUAUAACAACAUAAAUAUAGUUAUUCAAGCUCAGUUGACUUUCCCAGCUAGCUCUUAACAGUGGCGACACUUAUACAGUGAAUAGACUGAGAUAACAUAAGACAUUUGUAAAUAAGUAAGCAUGCUGAGACAGUAAAAUGAUAAGAGGAAUGGGAAAACUUCACAGCACACAUUCACACUCACAUCCAACCAUUUUGAUCAGCUCACAUGACCAAAGCUCCCAUUUUUUCUGCAAAUAUUAUAUUCAUUAUUUUACAAUCAUUAUUGUUCAUAAUGUUAUUAAUAAAAUGCUAAUGAAACUGUUUUGAAUAUUUAGUGCUUUAAUGAAAAAGAAAACAGUGCUUGUCCCAAUUUGUUCCGUCUCAAAUGUAUUAUAAAAGGAUAUUAUUUCUUCUUUGCUGCAUGUAUUCUAAUUUUUAUUGAACUUGUCAUUUUGUCCCUGAAAAGGAAGUCUAAACUGUGCCUCAUUUGUCGCUGGAAUUGUGGAAGCCGUGUUACAUGGAUGCAACUUUGUAAGUAUUAGAGUAAGUUCCAUAUAUCAUGUUCCAGUUGUUUGAAAGCUGGAUACCAAUAAGUUUUUAUCAGAUCCACCAAAUAAAUAAUUGUCAUUGUUAUUCAUAAUUGAAAAUAUUUACAGGAAGCUUGUUAUAAGAACUUAAAACAACAUUAUUUGGCAUUCAUAUGUCUUUGUCCGUCAUUCAUAAAAAAACAGCUAAAAAAUUACUACUAUGUUGACCAAUCAGAGCUCCCGACCAAAUUACAGACAGAUUUUCUGUCAUCAUUUUGUAAUUUUUUCGCUGAGGCUCAGACAUCCUUUUUAGCAAAACGCCCCUCGUAGAAAGGAGUAUUAGGAGAAACAGCUGUCUCUGCAGGCUAAGCCUAAUUUUGGAAUCAUUAUAGGGCCUUUUCCUAAGUAACAAAUUUGGUCUGUGACUUCAGGCACAAUAUCAAGUUGCAAUAAAUGGAUGUCAAUUUGUUGCAGUGAAGUGUUUGAACUUAGUGAUGUAGAGAUGCAAUAUGUCCUAUAUUAGUUUUCUUGCAAAAGUAUUGAGCUAAUGUGAUAACCAGUGCAAGAAAAUCAUGAUGAAAUCUCCAUUAAAUUGUGAGAAAUCCCCUAAUACCAAGAAGCCUAAGUUGCAGAACCUGAAAUUGAAUAACAAAGUUUGAAGUGAUAAAUGAUUGUGAUACAAUGGAUGGUGUUGACGGACAACAAUUUUCCUUAUUAUUAAUAAUAAUUUAUUUUUCUUUUCGGUUGUAGCCUGCAAAGGUCACAGCUCAUUGGCACAAAGGAACAACUCUUAUGAUAAAGUUUGAAGAGUCAGUUAUUAUAAGAGAUAAAUCAUUGGAUGGAAGAUAAUAAGUUUCAUUGUAUACUGUGCAGGAAUGUAGCAAUCUUGUUAGUAAAUAAUUUGGACAAAGACAAUGUAUACUAAGUGGAAUAUAGAU